AUGCCCUCCUCCCACAUCGACUACACAAAAAGAUCGCCACCGCCACCUCCCGCUCGUUCCGAUGGUGCCAGUGCCAGUGCCAGCGCCGCCGCCCAGUGGAAACCCCCGCCACCGCCUUCGAGGACGGCGUCGAGGGACACCGUAGGUGCCACAUCUCCUGGUGGGGCACCGGGGCCUCCGUUGCCUGCGCGGACUGGUUCGACAAGUUCGAACUCGCAGGGCUUGAGGCCUCCGCCUCCGCCUGUUUCGAGAGGGACCAGUAGCUUGUCCCCUCAAUCGCCACAACGACCAAGCCUCCCUGCACGCCGUUCUUCAAGUCCGAAUACCCAAUCCGAAUCCCAGAACGACUCUUCACAUCCUCCUCCAACACCCCAACGUCGUCAUCCCCCCGUUCUCCCAUCUCGUUCCCCUUCCCCCUCUCCUUCUCACUCUCACUCCAUGCACCCAAACCCAGCCCCAAAACCGCCCCCAAUGCACGCACCAGCUCCAAUCCUAUCACACCCACUCCCUACAAACUCGUCCUCCUCAAACCCCUUCCGAAAAUCCGCUGUCCAACUCCGCAUCAACGGACAUCCUCCCUCCGAAGAGAUAGACUGGACGAACCUCUCCCCGGAGGAUAAACAGGCCUUCUUCGACUGGCUCGACGAGUUCUUCUCGCGGUACUUGGGGAGGGAGAUCCGGCCUUCUGCUUCGGGUUCUGGUUACGGUUCCAAUUACGGGCAUAAUAGGGUGGCGAAGGCGAGUGCGUCGAGUUUGGAGGUGAAGGCGCCUGCGCCGAGACAUGUGUUUGGUGGAGCGGGAGUAGGAGGGAUGGGCGAUGGACCACCGCCCAAACCCAACAUGUCCACCAAACCCGUCUCGCCCUCGAUAUGA